GGUCUGUUUGGGUGAGCAUAUCUUUCUGCCAUUUGCUUUUUCAGAUCCCUAUUGUUAGUGAGAGUAUCAGCCUACAGAUGGAAAACCAGACAGUGGAUCAAUAAUAUCCUGAGAGGAUUGAUCAAUGUACUUAUAAAAAGCUAAUGCUGGGCACAGUUGUACCCAGAUAGACAGGAGGAGGAUAAGAUGUAUACUCCCAUAUCUCUGAGCAAGCAAUGUGGUUGAAUUUAUGUGCUUUAUAAAAGUCUUAAAUUAUUUCUCAACCUUUUGGGAUAAAGACUAUUUUUUUUAUAUUAUAUUAUUUUAAUAUUGCAUUGUUGUUUUGAUUGAAGUAUUUUUCCACAAUUUUGAGACUCGCACCAUGAGCCUCCACUCAGCUAAAAGAGGGAAUCUCUGCCACCCUGGGGAGUCCAACUGCACUGGAUUGAAGGAAUCCUUAAGUGGUCACCACUACAAGAUACUGCAUAUGCCUUUCCAUGGGCCAACUGCCCACAGCCACCACCACCACCUCCAUCACGAGCCUCCGCACCCCUUUCCCACUGUGGACGUCCCUGACCAUGCUCACUACAUCAUCGGCUCAGUCAUUCUGUUGGUGGGGGUCACUGGUGUGAUUGGAAACGCGCUGGUCAUCUAUGUCUUCUGCCGCAGCCGUUCCCUACGCACCCCUGGCAACAUUCUGGUGGUAAACCUAGCAGUGGCUGACCUCUUCAUGUCACUCACGCAGUCGCCUGUCUUCUUCGUGGCCAGCUUGCAUAGGCGCUGGGUGUUCGGGGAAAAAGCCUGUGAACUGUAUGCGUUCUGUGGGGGCUUGUUCGGGAUCUGCUCAAUGAUGACCUUGACGGCAAUAGCUGCUGACCGCUGCCUUGCCAUAACACGUCCACUUGCCUUGCUGGGCAGGGUCAGUCGCCGCAGGGCUGGGGCAGUGCUGGUUCUGGUUUGGCUCUACUCCCUCGGCUGGAGUUUACCUCCCUUCUUUGGCUGGAGCGCCUACGUCCCAGAGGGCCUGCAGACGUCCUGUUCUUGGGACUACAUGUCCUUUACACCAUCGGUACGUGCCUACACCAUCCUACUAUUCAUUUUUGUCUUUUUCAUCCCUCUGGGCAUCAUUGGUGGCUGCUACCUGGCCAUAUUCCAAGCCAUCCGUUCUGCUCGGAGGGAGGUGAAGGAGCUUGACUCUGGGGAGACGCACAAAAUGUUUCAACGCAUGAAGAGUGAAUGGAAGAUGGCCAAGGUGGCUCUCCUUGUCAUCUCACUCUUUGUGAUCUCCUGGUCACCUUAUUCCAUUGUGGCUCUGACUGCCACUGCGGGAUAUGCCCAUCACCUCACUCCUUACAUGAACUCUGUUCCUGCAGUGAUUGCCAAAGCCUCGGCCAUCCACAACCCUAUCAUUUAUGCAAUCACACACCCCAAAUACCGAGCUGCCAUCGCCCGCUACGUUCCUAUUCUCCGUGCCAUCCUAUGUGUUGGAGAAAAGGACAUGCGUUCCUCCUUUAGCUCCAGCAGCGGCUCCUCCUCUCGCCGACCCACUCUCACCAGUCAGUGCUCUCUGGGUGUCUGCAUUGGCAACGCUGCUCGUGCUAAUGGCCGGUGGGGAAAGACGCGACUGUCCUCCGCCUCAGACACCGACUCGUGCUGGACAGAGAGCGAAGCGGAUGGCUCAAGCAUCAACUCGCUGCCCUAUGCUAGGCGUGUGUCUACAGAGAUUUCUACAGACACUGCCAUCCCUCCACAGCAGGCCAGCGUGAGCACCGGCAGUGGGCAGAAAGUGGGGCAGGCUGAAAAGGUUGGCAGCAUGCCAGUGCCCUCUAUUACCCUGGAACCAGACAUGUUGGAUGGAAGCGUUAUUUCUGAUGGUAAAACUCUCCUCCUAUAUGGCAACUGAUGGAAAUAGGGAUGCUGGUGCGAGGUGGUGGUGUGCGUACUGCUGAAAACUUUACUUCCAUUACUGUAAAAGAAACUGUGACCAAAUUAAAGGGAAAUAUAAAGACAUCAACAUUAAUUAAAUACACUAUAUAGCCAAAAGUAUCCGCUUACCCAAAUCGCUGAAAUUACGCUCCAAAUGAUUAAACUUAGGUUCCAAUAACUUUAUACAGGUGUAUAAAACCAAGCAGCUAGACAUGCAGACUGCUUGUAUAAACAUUAACAAAAGAAUGGGUCGCUCUCAGGAGCUCAGUGAAUUCCUAAGUGGUAUCGUGAUAAGAUGCAACACCUAUGAAGUCUUUGUAAAAUUUUCUCACUACUUUAUAUUCCCCAGUCAACUGUCAGUGAUAUAUAACACAGUGAAAGGGACUAGGAAUAAAAACACCUCACUCUAUCAGCGUAAAAUAACAGAGCGGGGUCAGCAGAUGCUGAGGAGCAUAGUGCACAGAGGUCUCCAACUUUCUGCAGUCACUACAGACCUCCAAAAUUCUUGUGGCUUUCAGAUCAGCUCAAGUACAAGAGCAUUGAGAGCUUCAUGGAAUGGGUUUCCAUGUCAGAGCAGCUCCAUCCAAGCCUUACAUCACCAAACGCAAUGCAGUCGUGCAGAUACUUACGGCAGUAUAGUGUAUGACCGUUGAUGCACACUCGUGAAUGAAUGUGUGGCUAGUUUCUAGGUAACUUGGCUAUGACCACUAACAUUAGUGGAGAUGUUUUAAUUGAGUUAGCCUUUUAAAAUCAUUCUGUUGUCACAAAAAUAUGUGUUUACUUCAUUACUACAACAAUUUUCCAAAAUCAAAGACAUACUCAUUAACUAGCUAGAGACCUAGUGAAGUGUUGGUGUGGUGGUGUGAUGAUAUGUAUGGUGGUAACAUUGAUAAAUGCCCCAUAAGCCCCUUACAAAAAUGUUCAAGUAUUUAAAUAUACUAUUAGUAUACUUUUUUAAACUAAAAUUAAACAAGUAUGCUUUCUGUUUAUUGUAUUUGUACUUAUCAGUGACAUACUAAACAUAAUUAUACUAAAGUAUACUUGCCUUAUACUGACAAGUAUACAUAAAAAAGACUAAGUAUAUUUGCCAUAUACUCGCACUUAAUCUUUGGCUUGUAGUUUGAUGUGGAAUACCUUGAAGUAUAUAGUACUUAUUUUGGCAUACGUUUCCAAGAAGUAUUGAAAUAGUACACUUACAAGUCUACUACAAGUACAUUGAUCAUAGUGCACUUACUAAAUAAUAUAAACUUAGGAAAUAUACUUCAACUUUACUUAAGUUUACUUAAGUAUACCUUUUUUCAUAAGGGGCAACUUGGGAGCACUGCACUUAGCUAGUUAGCUAUGUUUAUUUACAUGUUUUUACAGUAACAAUUGGGGUUUUUGAGCUUUGUUCCAGUAUAUAUUGUGACUAUGACCUUGCUGUUAUAAACUGUACCAUGCAAGCCAAAAAAUGUUCUUCUAAUGAAUUUUUUAGUUGUAAAUACUUGUUUUGUGUUGUACUAUAUCUUGUAAACACUACACUCUACAAGAUUAAAGGAACUUUAGGCUACAUUAAUAUAGAGAUUUAUAUUAAACUAUAUAUAUUCAACUAUUUAUAUAGACUUCACAUUACUGCUACAAUCCAGCAAUAGACUUUAUAUAUGUCUAGUCUGAUUUGUGAAAUGUUCUAAUCUGAUUCUA